AUGAUGACUCAAGAAAGUCAACUGGAUACAGAUGUAGAUGUUUAUUUUAUUGUGCCUAGCAAAUAUAAUUCUGAAGAUGAUUGUAAUGAGGAUAUGUGGAAUGCACACAGUAAAUGUUAUGAAUAUGAUAUACAACCAAUGUGGAUCAAUGAAAAAAAAUGUGAUGAAAUGAAACCUGUUAAACAUGAUGUCUUUGUAAUGGAAGAAUUUGAAGGUGACACAUUUAAAAAGUUAAAGACAUUCAAGUGUUCUAUAGUUGGGCCUAGAUGUUUACUGCUUUGUUUUAUUAAUCGAGAACCAAUACCAGAAGGAAAAAGUCCAGUAUUUACAACAGCCAUGAGAGGUCUUUGUAUAUGUGCUUCUGGCUUACCUCUUGAAGAAAAAGAACAUAUAGAAAAUUUGGUAGAAUAUAUGGGAGGUAUUUUUACAAAACAAUUACGUAGUCGUGUAACACAUCUUGUAACAGCAUCUGUCUUGUCUGCAAAGUAUGAGACUGCAAUAGAUUUGGGAAUACCAAUAUUCACAAAGGAAUGGGUUGAAGCAAUUUGGGAAGCAAAUUUAAAGGAUUUUGUUAAAGCAGAUGACACUAGGUUUCAUAAAUAUAAGGCUUCUGUGUUCCUCAAUUUAGUAGUAACAUCAACAAAUCUUUCAAGACGUCAGAAAGAAGAGAUUAAACACUUAAUUAAUGAUAAUGGAGGGAUAUUUAUGGGUCACUUAGAUGGUGCAAAAGUUAAAGUUGUUCUUGCACUUGAAAAUUGUCCAAUAAGUGAAAAGCUGAAGUAUGCAAAACAAGCAAACAUUCCUUGUCUAACACCAAAUUGGGUGUAUGAAAGUAUAAAAGUUGGCUAUGCUUUACCUUUUAAAGAUUAUAUAAUUAAAUCAUUAAAAGCAUAUUCUACUCCAGACAAAUCAAACGUAUAUGAAAGUCUCAAUUGUUCUGCAAUAAGUUAUAUACAGUGUGAUGUACCACAAGGCAAUUGUAUAGAUGAAAGCAUGUUAACAACAGUGAGCAAUGCUUCUUCCAUAGAUGCACUAGGUAACAAUGUUUCUACUGCUUCUACAGCUUCAGUUUUGGAUAGACUUACGUUUAGUGAAGCAAAAUCGGCUGGUCCGUUUUUAGAUGGUUGCAGUAUUUACCUUGCUGGGUUUGUUUCUAAUCAAAGGGAUAAAAUUAAUAGAAUAUUGAACGUAGGUAGUGCAACACGACUUGAUGAUAUGUCCGAAGCUCUAACACACGUUAUCGUCGGAGAUGAAAAUAGAGCAGCUAGUGAACUGAAAUUAAUGAAAUCAAAAGGAUUAUGUCCGUAUAUCUUAACACUGGAAUGGUUAGAGGAAAGUAUCAAAUUAAAGCGACCUGCACCAGAAGAAAAUUUCUUAUGUGAACAAAAAAGUGGUGUAGUACAAAAGGUUACAGAACCUCCUUCUCCAUUAAGUAAGAAAAACUUACAAAUGUUACAAAAACCACGAAAUGUUCGCAUACCGUCUUUUGAUUUAGAUCGAAAACUAGCGUUGUUAGAAAAAGAAAAAGAGAAGGAAUCAUCUGAUCUUCUUCAACAGUAUCUUCAAGAUACGAUUGCUACUACAAAUGAUAAAACAGUAGAAGAAUUUUUGAAGCCGCGUACACCUGUUUCGGAAAAAAGUAAUGAUAAAGCUUUAGUUGAUGAUCGUAAAAGUCAAGAAAAAUGCUUAAAAGAUUCCAUAACACCUACAAGAGCGCAAAGUAAAUACCGAGCAGAUGAUAGUUCAGUACCACUUAGUCAAACUUCUACUCUAAAUACUAGACUAUUCGAAGGGCUGACGUUUGUUGUAACUGGCUUUAGCGAUGAAGAAAAUUACGUAGCCGAAACUAUAACGGCAAUGGGUGGAAAAGUAGUUCCAGGUACAUUUGCUGGUGUACCAGACUAUGGUGUUGUACCAAAAUGCGGUGCACCUUUAAAACAUACUGUCAAUGAAAUUGUUACAGACUUGUUUAUUGAAGAUUGUGUGAAUCAGGAGCAAAUUCUUGAAGUUACAUACUAUCACAGACCUCUAUCUAUAAAGAAACACUCGAAUCCUUUAUCAGGCUGUGUUAUUACAAUGAGCAUGUAUACUGGUGUUGAACGUAUAUACCUCGCGACAUUAGCUACGGAAUUGGGUGCAAUGUGCCAGGAUAUUUUUGUGCGUAAAACUAAUCUUGAAAAAAAUACAUAUGGAAGUACACAUUUAGUUUGUCCAACACCCGAAGGAAACAAGUAUAAUGCAGCAGUGAAGUGGAAAUUACCAGCUAUUACAGCAGAGUGGUUAAAAUCCUGUGCAACUCAGUCGAAACGGGUACAUGAAACACCGUUUCUCGUAGGAGAAACUAUAGCUCCCGAAAAACCGAGCCAAACUUACAAUGAGGAUACAAAUUUCCCUAUGAGUAAUUCAAGUCAAAUGGCUCCACCAACUGAACCACCAGUUAAGAAUAUUAUUACUCCACACCGUCAUUUACCUAAUUUACAAGGCCUAGAAGGUAGUUCUAGCGAUACACCGAUUAUAAAUAAGAGGCUUAGUAUGCUCAUGAACAAAACUCCUCAAUCACCGUUUCAUGUGUCUACACCAGAAACACCAUAUGGUCAAGUAUUUAAACCCGACCCUUCACCAGACACGAGAAAAGGUUGGGUGAAAUGGGUUGACAACUUUCCGGAUUUACGAGUCGAAGAGCCUCCUUUGAAGAAAAGAGCACUUAGCACUCCUCUUUCAGAACUUAAAAAACAAUUAUGGCAGAAACUAAAAAAUCAAGGUCAUGACGCAGAGAACAAUGCAGAUGAGACAUUACCUACUACUGAUAAUCAGUCACCUGCAGAAACACCGGAAGCAACGAAAAAUAAUAGUAACUUAUCUAUUACUACGCCCAUUAAUAGAAAAUUAGAAUUCACCGAUGAAAGUACUCCGCUACAAAAUAAUGAAAUUAAUAUGCAAAUUGCACAAUUGGAUCAAGUACUUCAGAGAACAUCAAGUACACCUGAAAAUAGGUACUCUCUUUCAGGAGAAAAUGUAAACACAUACAAUACAGAACAUUCCGAUCCUAUACAAAAAUUUAUUGCAAAGGAUUCUCAACCUGUUGAUGCUAUUGUAUGGGAAGAUCCGAGUCACCCGAAACGAUUGACAAUGCACGAAGAGCAAAAUGAGAGUAAUGCACGUGAUGAACAUACUAUAAAUAGUGUUGAAGAAGAAGAGCUUGAACCUCCCAAAAGAUUUAUGCUUUCAGGCAUAAAGGACAGAACAGCGUACGAACAAGUAAUAAAGGACCUCGGUGGUGAAGUAGCUAUGGAUACUUGUUUUGAUAUAAGUGCGACGCAUUUACUUUGCAUUAGACCAUCGAGAAAUGAAAAAAUGCUUGGCAGCAUAGCAUCGGGAAAGUGGAUUUUACAUUGUAUGUACUUACGCGAUUCUGAAGAAGAAGGGAAAUUCCUUGAUGAAGAAAAGUAUGAGUGGGGAAAUCCAAAAAGUAAAGGCAUUAUACCUGAUCCUAAUGGAGAAAUUGAAGAGACAAUCGCAGCAGCUGCAUAUAAAUGGAGGCUUCAAUUAUUAAAAGAACCAAACGGACCGUUUCAUAAGAUGGUUGCUCUAUUAUUAGCUUCUGGAGAUAAAUACGAUCAAUUUAAAAGAUUAAUUGAAGCUGGAAGUGGUACAGUUGUUCAGGCAAGACCACCAUAUGAUACAAGUCCGACAGGAAAAAAGAUCACUCAUUGUUUUGUGAAUAUUAGACAAGUUAGUCAACCGAUUGAUUGGGCAAUGUUGGCUAGUAAAGGUAUUCUCUGUUUUAUGCCACAAUAUUUGAGUGAUUAUCUUACUGCACAAACGCCAUUAAAUCCACGAGAAUGUGUAAUUCCAGAAUUUAAAAAGUAUUUAACAUUACUGCCGAAAUAA